CUUCAUGUCAGCGUCAAAGACGGAGCCCCUCCCCUGUGACUCAGGCAAGUACACCAAAAAUAACGAAUGCUGCAUGGAGUGCCCGCCCGGAGAGGGAGUGGUGAAGAAGUGUGGCAGCAUGCAGACAGUCUGCGCCCAGUGUCUGGACAGUGAGACCUACUCUGAGAACUACAGCCACACAGAGGAAUGCAAACCCUGCACAGAGUGCACCGGCCUGAUGCGUAUGGAGACGCCCUGCACCGACUCCAAUGACGCCAUUUGCGUUUGUAACUAUGGUUUCUUCUUUAAUGACAUAUCUGGGCAAUGUGAGCCGUGCACGGUUUGCCCAGCGGGCCAGGGUGUGUACGUGCACUGCCAGCACGAUCAUGACACGGUGUGUGAGGUGUGUUCAGACGAUACCUACUCAGAACGAGAAAGCUCUCUCGACCCCUGCCUGCCGUGCACCAUCUGUGACGAGGAGACGGAGAUACAGCUGGAGGUGUGCACCCCGAUCAGUGACUCUGUCUGCCACAAUCCUCUCUUCCCGAACUAUCCUCCGACCACCUCUGACCUGGCUCUGCCCCCACCCUCCUUCAGCGAAGACUUACUCCCCGACGGCUCCGACAGCCCACCGCCGGGAGAGACAACCACGUCCAGUGCCGGCUCACCUCGCUUUCUGGGACACGGCCUCAAUGAAAACGUCAUCCCCAUCUCCUGCUCCAUCCUAGCUGCUGUAGUGGUCGCCCUGGUGGCCUACAUCAUUUUUAAGGGAUGGAAUAGCUGCAAGCAGAACAAGCAGGCAGCAAACAACCGCGUGGCUACAAGCAACCAGAUGGUGACGCCAGAAGGAGAGAAGCUGCACAGUGACAGCGGCAUCUCUGUGGACAGCCAGAGUCUGCAGGAGCACCAGCAUCAGCACCAGCAUCAGCAGGCGGAGGUCCAGGCUCAGCAGCGCUCACACAUACAGGAGCACAUUGUGGUGCGGGUGGAUGGUGGGUCUCAAAGUAACUCACCACCCCCUGAAGUCUGAGGAACAGGAGGAAGAAGAGGAUGUGUUAGAACUGCAGACAGGAAGAAGAGCGUAGAGAGCCGAAUCGAGGACCAAAAGAAAGCCGGAGGGGCCCGACAGGGGAUGCUAAAAUGACUGUCAAGCCACAGCAUCACCCAUCAAAGACUUGACUUCUACGGACCUCUCGGUACCUUUGGGAGCCACGGUCGGGGCCAACUCUCUCUACCACUGUCCCUGGACACAAACUGUGUUCUAAUGUCACUUCAGCUGGAAAGCUGUAGAUACCUAACAGUAGAUAUGCCAGUAUUUAAUGAAUAUCCCAAACUCAGUAUCUAAUAUGUCAAUAAGAGACAAGUAAUGACUAACAGACAACCUGAUAGACCCCCUGACCCUUACUAAGAUUUUCUCUCCCAAAAUCUUUGAUCGUUUCCUAUUAAAAGGAUGUGACUGAAAGCUAAAUAGGAGGACGUACUCUUUCAUCCUAGCCUUCCCGUUGUGCAUCAAAAGACUGAGGCAGCUUUUCUGUCUCAGCAUCUCUCACAUCUUCCUCUCUGUCAUCUCAAUGUGGCAUCCCGCUCUCUGAUAAUCCUCAUCUCUCCCCAUAUGAUUCACUCUAUUAGACACCCAAUACAAAACCCAGCUCGAGCGCCGCGAGUCGCUCCCAGCAUCUUCUGAAGUUUCUUAUAUCGCAGAUGCAAUUCAGAGCAUGAUGUCUCGUAAGAAGACAGCUGUACUGUUGUCUUAGAUCUGCUGCACAGACUGACGCACGGUGCAGGGAAUACGCUUUUUGCUUCAUUCAUGCUACAGCCAUUGCAUGUCCCCUUGAUGAAUCCGAUGCCACCACAGCGCCUCCAGGUAUCAUUUUUCUCUCCCAUUUGUGGUGCAUCAUUGUCAUUUUGUGGCUUGAGUUCCACGCCUGAUUCAGCAGGGUGCAACAUGAAUGAAGCAUCUCUGCACGGCUGCAGCGCCCCUGACUCAUGCUGAUGUCUUGAGAGAAGCUCUGAUGUCAUCUCCAAGGCUGCUCAAUAAAUGGAUGCAAAAAUGAAAUCG